AAUAGAUAUAAGUUACGAAUGUUUCAGUUGUGAAAAGAUCAAACGGGAAGUAUAUAUAACAGAUUCUUUAUUGUUUGUUUUUUUUUUUUUGUCAAAAUUCUUUAUUGUUUGUUGAGCAGAGAACAAGAAAAACACAAAAAAAAAUCUCAGAAUCGUUUCGUAUCCUUUUGGUGGUCCUUUUGAUUAGCACUUCAAGGCUUUGUUGUAGGUUCGCUUCCAUGGAAGACAGAGAAGAAGAGUCAGAGAGGAGGAGAUCCAGGGCCAUUACUCUGUAUGUGUUGAAGCUCCGCAUGCGCAAGUUACACCAAAGUUCACUCGAUCUUGCGAUGAUGCUACUGAAACAGUCCAAGAACGAGUUUGAAGAAACUGAACACAUUCUCAGAUAUCUUACGACUACUCGUGCGGAAAGAGUUGGAGAAGUUGUGAAACCUCUAGAAAAAGAACGAUUUCUUGUGAAAGGAGACGAUGGAGGUCGUUACGUUGUGAACUGCUGCAGCGAUGAGGAUCAGUCAAAGCUAGUUUGUGGAACCAGAGUUACUCAUGAGAAAAAGACAUUGACGAUAAUGAGAAUUCUCCCUCCUAUGGUUAAUCCAUUGGUCUAUAAUAUGGUGCAUCGAGACCGUGGAGAUGCUGUUAGCUACUCAGAUCUUGGUGGUUUAUCCAAACAAAUCAGUGAUCUUCGAGAUUACAUUGAACUUCCUCUCAAAAAUCCUGGAAUUUUUCAACGACUUGGUGUAAAGCUUCCCAAGGCAGUACUUCUUUAUGGACCUCCUGAAACUGGAAAGACAUUGUUAGCUAGAGCCAUCGCUAGCAACAACAUGGAUUCAACUUUUUUGACGGUUGUUUCUAGCGCGCUUGUAAGCGAAGAUUUGGAAGAUAGUUCAUUGUUAGUGAGAGAUAUGUUUAGAUAUGCUCGUGAUCAUCAACCUUGCAUCAUCUUUAUGGAUGGGAUUGAUGCUAUUGGUAGACGUCGUGGAUCCAGAGAAGGAGGAGUAAAAACUAGUGAAUGUGACAGAGUUCUCAUGAAGCUUCUUUCUCAGCUUGAUGGAUUGAAUGAACUUGAUAAGGUAAAAGUAAUAAUGGCAACAAACAGAGCUGAUGUUCUUGACCCUGCACUUCUUCGACCUGGUAGAAUCGAUAAGAAGAUAGAGGUUCCAUUGCCUAAUGGAAAUUCUAGAAUGAGAAUACUCAAGAUUCAUGCUUCUGCUAGAACUAAACAUGGAGAUAUUGAUUACGAUAAGAUCGUGAAAUUAUCUGAGGGAUUCAAUGGAGCAGAUAUGCGUAACCUAUGUACUGAAGCAGGGAUGUUAGCUCUACGUGCAGAGCGCGAUUACGUUGUCCCGAAUGAUUUCAUCAAGGCUGUAACAAAACUAGGCGAAGCGAAGAAACUUGAAUCCAGUGCACAGUACUAUUGCUGAUUUUGGGGAAGAAUAAAGAUAGAGAAACAAACAAAUUCAUCAAAAAAGAAGCACAGAUCGAAUUAGACUGAGAAUCUUUGUUCUGUUUUUCU